CUUCUGUUUACACCAUUUACAUGGGAAAAGAUAAGUAUGAAAAUGAAGAUCUAAUAAAGUACGGCUGGCCUGAAGAUAUCUGGUUCCAUGUGGAUAAGCUCUCUUCUGCUCAUGUGUAUCUUCGACUGCACAAGGGGCAGACGGUAGAUGACAUUCCUAAAGAAGUUUUGAUAGACUGUGCCCAUCUAGUGAAGGCAAACAGCAUUCAAGGUUGCAAGAUGAACAACGUCAACGUGGUGUACACACCAUGGACAAACCUGAAGAAGACAGCAGACAUGGAUGUGGGACAGAUUGGCUUUCACAGGCAGAAGGAUGUGAAAAUGCUGACAGUGGAGAAGAAGGUGAAUGAGAUCCUGAACCGGCUAGAGAAGACAAAAGUGGAGCGUUUCCCUGACCUGGCUGCUGAGAAGGAAGCCAGGGACAGAGAGGAGAGAAAUGAGAAAAAAGCCCAAAUCCAAGAGAUGAAGCGGAAGGAGAAAGAAGAGAUGAAGAAGAAGAAAGAGCUGGAAGAACUUAGGAGCUACUCGUCGUUAAUGAAGGCUGAGAACAUGUCCUCCAAUCAGGAUGGCAACGAUUCAGAUGACUUUAUGUAAAUAAAGUCUCUCUCCUUUCUCAAUCAUGAAGUGGUUUGGGAUGUCUUAAUAUGUCACCAUUGCUAAGAAUGCCAAAAAAAACCCACCAAAAAAAGUGAACUCUGACUCCAUUUCUUCAGAACCUGGUUUGUUAUCUCAGCAGCCUGACCAUGGACAACUUCUGAAGGGGAGAAGAUCUGUAUGUCUGCACAUACAUCUCUUAUUUUUUUGUUGUUUUUCAGGGACGUGGGUGGAAGGAAGUAGAAUUGACUUCAGGUCGAUAAAGAAAAUUAUAUUUAUUCUAGGGAAAGGGGUUGGUU